AUGCCAGGCGCCCUCACAAUGACGUCAGCCGUCACCACCACGUCAGCAGCAGCGGCAUCGGUAGCGGCGACGGAUAUCAUUACCGGCCGGGCAAGCAGCGGCGUGAGCCUGUCGGUCCGCGCGCCACAGGGAGCAGUGCUGGGGUGGGGAUCGCGCUCCUCAUUCGUGCCUGAGUCUCGGAGGCUCGCCGUCGCUUCCGCUAAUGUCGCCCGGAGCGCUGCGCCGAUGCGAGGGGCUCGGGGUGUGCGGGCGAGUGGCAACGGUGCGCCCAACGGCGCGGCGGACAUCUCGCAAGAGUUCAAGCCGGCGGCGCAGUUCUACAAGGUGGAGGCCGUCAUCCGCCCCUGGCGCCUCUCGCACGUCUGCGAGGCGCUGUUCACAGCGGGCAUCAGGGGUCUGACGGUCUCGGAUGUGAGGGGCUUCGGCACGCAGGGCACGAGCAGAGAGAGGCACGCAGGCUCUGAGUUUGCAGACGACGCGUUGGUGCUCAAGUCGAAGCUGGAGGUGGUCGUCGUGUACGACCAGGUGGAGGCGGUGAUCGCCAUCAUCAUUGACGAGGCGCGCACGGGGGAGAUCGGCGACGGCAAGAUCUUUGUGUCCCCAGUGGCUGAGGUCAUUCGAGUCCGCACAGGAGAGAGGGGCAUAGAGGCAGAGAGAAUGGCCGGAGGACGCAUGGAUCUCUUGGAGGCAGCUGGCAAAGGCGCUUCCUACGUUGCUUUUGAUGGUUACGAAACCUCGUGA